AACAGCAGAGAUACACAGAGGAAGAACGAUGGCAGAAUUCAGAUGGACUAAAACGUCUUUAUUUCUGUUACUGGUGCUUCAGUUCACAGCAGCAGCUGGGGAAUAUUACUCCUUCACUGUCAGAGAUGGAGAUGAAGUCACUUUGUCUUGUGAACAUGUUCAGGAUAAGUGUUACAGUACUAUCUGGACCUUCAGCGGUUCAAACACAGUGACACUGUUUGAACUCGGGCAGAUUAAAGAAGAAGCCAGAGUUAAAUCAGACAGACUGAGUGUUACAGAGAAAUGUUCUCUGGUUAUAAAGAAGGUCACAGAGGAGGAUGUUGGUAAUUACACCUGCAGACAGAACAGACCAGGAUACCAAAACAAUGGUGGAGACACUAUUGAUCUGUCUGUUGUUACCAUAACUGAAGAGAAGGACGGUGAUAUAGUGACAUUUAACUGCUCUGUGACGUCAUAUGAUGGAUGUCCUCACACAGUGAAGUGGCUGUAUGAGGGUAAAAAAAAUGAUUUUGAGGAUCCAGAUGACAGAGGCGUGACAACAUCGCAGUCUGGCUGCUCGGCCACUGUCUCCUUUCCGACUUCUCGUUUCCUGCACGUUUCAAAGACGUACGAGUUGCUCAAGUGUAAAGUGACAGAUGGUUACGUGCCCACCAUAAAAGUGUUUCCCUUCAGUCCUCCUCAGUCCUCAGCUGGUACCGGUUGGUCUGCUCUGAACUACAUCAUGUUGGCUCUGCAUGUGGCUGAAGUCCUCCUAAUGGCUGGGAUUACUGUUCUCCUCCUCAGAGCUCGAGGCAACCGUAGAGCACCUGAUGACAACACUGUGCAUGGUGAUGGAGAUGAACAUGGCGGCACCGUGAACUAUGAAAACGUUGGAGAGCCUUCUGUUUCUGUCAGACUCCCCUAG